UCUUUCUCCCAUCAUUAUAUGUUUGCGAGCUCUCUUCCCUCUCCUAUUAUCAGCUGCGGGACUCCCCCUUUCACUUCCUCCCCUCCCCCGACCUGCUCGAAGUAAAACUACCGUCCCUAGUGCUCCAACUUUCUUUGCCUCUGCAUCUCCUAAAGUCAUAGGAUGGCAGCAUUUCUGAAAUCCCUUCGGAAUCUGAAGAAUGAGAUCGUUCUAUUCUCUACCCCGUUACUUCUUCUCCCGCUGCCUUUAGUCAUUGGAACAAAGGAGGCAGCAUGUGCCUAUGUGAUCAUCCUGAUGGCAGUGUACUGGUGUACAGAGGCCUUACCUCUGGCUGUCACUGCCCUGCUCCCUGCUGUCCUCUUCCCCAUGUUUGGCAUCAUGCAGUCCAAAGAUGUUUGUAUGCAGUACCUGAAGGACACCAACAUGUUGUUUGUGGGAGGACUGAUGGUGGCGGUGGCAGUGGAGCACUGGAACCUGCACAAACGCAUUGCCCUCCGAGUGCUACUCUUUGUAGGGGUGCGCCCCGCUCUUCUGAUGCUGGGCUUCAUGGGGGUGACAGCCUUCCUGUCCAUGUGGAUCAGUAACACAGCCACCACAGCCAUGAUGGUGCCCAUCGUCCAGGCUGUUCUGGAGCAGCUCAACAACUACACAGAGACUGAGAUGCCUGUGAUCCUCAGCACUGAGGAGGACACCCAGCCUCAGGAACUCACUGACCGCAAACAGAUGGAGAAACAGGCAGAGGGACAUGUUGUGGUGACCUGUUUAGACCCGUUUGUGGAGGCUAUCCGGCGUAAGGAGGCUGCAGACAAGAAGAAGAUGUGUAAGGGCAUGACGCUGUGUGUGUGCUACGCCGCCAGCAUCGGGGGCACUGCCACCCUCACAGGGACUGGCCCCAACCUGGUGCUCAAGGGACAGAUGAACCAGCUGUUUCCUAACAAUGGCGAUGUCAUCAAUUUUGCGUCCUGGUUCGGCUUUGCUUUCCCCAACAUGAUCCUGAUGCUGACCCUGGCUUGGCUCUGGCUGCAGUUUGUCUUUAUGGGAUUCAAUUUUAAGAAGACGUGGGGCUGUGGGGUAGUAAAGACAGAGAAAGAAAUAGCUGUGUACAAUGUGAUCAAGGAGCAGCAUCGUCAGCUGGGCUCCAUGUCUUUUGGAGAGCUGAGUGUGUUGGGUCUCUUCAGUUGUCUGGUGGUUCUGUGGUUCACCAGAGAUCCUGGCUUCGUGGCAGGCUGGGCCACAUACAUCUUCAAUGCUGACGCAGAGUAUGUAACUGAUGCCACAGUGGCAGUGUUCAUCGCUGUCCUUCUCUUCGUCCUACCUUCCAAGCCCCCGCGCUUCUGUUGCAGGAGGUCCCAAAGCUUUGACACUGAGCACCAACACCCAGCUGACCCCACACCAGCUCUGCUGACCUGGAAGGUGGCCCAGAAGAAGUUACCCUGGAGCAUCGUUCUCCUCUUGGGGGGAGGGUUCGCCCUGGCCAAGGGCAGCGAGGAGUCAGGUCUGUCUAUGUGGAUGGGGGACCAGAUGACUCCCCUCCACACCAUCCCACCCUGGGCCAUCGCUGUCAUCCUGUGUCUGCUGAUCGCCAUCUUCACAGAGUGCACCAGUAAUGUGGCCACUGCUACUCUCUUCCUACCUGUCCUCGCCUCAAUGUCCCAGUCCAUUGGAAUGAAUCCUCUGUACGUCAUGGUGCCUUGUACUCUCAGUGCUUCCUUUGCCUUCAUGCUACCUGUGGCCACACCGCCCAAUGCUAUCGUCUUCUCAUACGGCUACCUCAAGGUUUCGGACAUGGCUAGGACAGGUAUAGUGAUGAACAUCAUCGGCAUCCUGUGCAUCACUCUGGCCAUCAACAGCUGGGGCAGGGCCAUGUUCCACCUAGACACCUUCCCUACUUGGGCCAACACUACUGGGGUUUGAGGGCACCGAGGGGCCACGGUCCACACCAUGAGGAAUGCACAUAGAGGGCCCUUAAUGUGCCAUGGACCUCUGGCGAGAAAGGCACCAACGUGACUGGUCGUAAUAGGUUGUUGGGAGAAAAGCCACAUGGCUUCCAUUACAAAGGACACUUGAAUAACCCUGUGGAAAGAGAGGAUGGAUGGAUGGAUGGAUGAAUGGAUGGAUGGAUGG